AUGACUACCUUAAACCACACUGGUGUUAGCUACACGGUCUUUCACUUACUGGGCAUCCCAGGCCUAGAGGACCAGUACUGGUGGAUUUCCAUCCCCUUCUUCAUUUCCUAUGUCAUUGCCCUGCUUGGAAACAGUCUUCUCAUCUUUGUUAUUCUCACCAAGCGUAGCCUCCAUGAACCCAUGUACCUCUUCCUCUGCAUGCUGGCAGGAACAGACCUUGUCCUCUCCAUGUGCACUGUACCUCAGGCCUUGGCCAUUUUCUGGUUCCAUGCAGGGGAGAUCUCCCUAAACGGCUGUAUCACUCAGCUCUUCUUCAUCCAUUCCACCUACAUCUCUGAGUCAGGGAUCUUGCUGGUGAUGGCAUUUGACCGCUACAUUGCCAUAUGCUACCCACUGAGAUACACCACCAUUCUUACACAUGCACUGAUUGGGAAAAUUGGUGCUGCCAUCUUUCUGAGAAGUUACUGUACAAUAUUCCCCAUAAUAUUUCUUCUGAAAAAACUGACUUUUUGCAGAACUAACAUUCUUCCACACACUGUUUGUGAGCACACUGGGUUGGCCAAAUAUUCCUGUAGUGACAUACGAAUAAACAUUUGGUAUGGAAUUUUUGUCCUGAUAUCAACAGUGAUUUUAGAUGUUGUGCUAAUUUUUGUUUCAUAUGUGCUUAUUCUCCAUGCCGUCUUUCACAUCCCAUCCUGAGAUGCUCGCCACAAAGCUCUCAACACAUGUGCCUCCCAUGUCUGUGUCAUCAUCCUCUUUUAUGGGCCUGGGAUCUUCUCAACCCUCACUCAUGGGUUAGGGCAGCACAUCUCACCCCACAUCCAUGUACUGCUGGCCAACGUCUGUGUUCUUGUGCCCCCUGUGCUGAAUCCCAUCAUUUAUGGGAUCAAGACCAAACAGAUCUGGGACCAGGUGACUCAUGUCUUGUUUCCUAAAAAAAUAUGUCUUUGGAAAUGGGAACCAGAGUAG